CCCCUCGUCGGAGUGUUGUCUCCGCAGAACGCAUCAGAACGCAGCACGGCACACGAAGUCUCCUUUACCGUCUGCAAUCUCCGGAUCCGUCGGGACGGCAUGGCCAGCUCCAAUGGCUUCGUCGGCGGCGCAGGUACUUCUUCGGAAUCGGCGUUGAUCUUCCUCGGCACCGGUUGUUCGAGCAUGGUCCCCAACAUCAUGUGCCUCCUUCAGCCCUCCGACCCUCCCUGCUCCGUCUGCGUCCAGUCCCUCUCUCUCCCUCCCGAACGCAACCCUAAUUACAGGUGCAACACUUCUCUCCUAAUCGAUUACUGCCAACCCAGCACCGGUGCUCGCAGCUAUAUAUUGAUCGACGUCGGCAAGACGUUCAGGGAGACCGUGCUCCGCUGGUUCGUUUCGCAUCGGAUUCCCAGAGUUGAUUCUAUAAUUUUAACUCAUGAACAUGCCGAUGCAGUCCUUGGAUUGGAUGAUAUACGUGCUGUGCAGCCUUUUAGUCCAACAAAUGAUAUUGAUCCCACACCCAUAUACUUGAGUCAACAUUCAAUGGAUAGUAUAGCAGAGAAGUUUCCUUAUUUGGUUCGGAAAAAGCGUAAGGAAGGAGAAGAAAUACGAAGGGUGGCUCAAAUUGACUGGAACAUUAUUGCUGAUGACUGCAAUCAACCUUUUUUUGCAUCAGGAUUAAAAUUCACUCCUUUACCAGUUAUGCAUGGAGAGGAUUACAUCUGUUUGGGCUUUCUUUUUGGUGAGAAAAACAGGGUAGCUUAUAUAUCUGAUGUUUCCCGGAUUCCUCCUAGUACAGAGUAUGUCAUCUCAAAAAGUGGAGCUGGACAGUUGGAUCUUCUCAUAUUGGAUUCAUUGUAUAGGACUGGGUCACACAAUGUUCACCUUUGUUUUCCACAGACUCUAGAAACUGUGAAGAGGUUGUGUCCAAAGCAAACUCUACUUAUUGGUUUGACUCACGAGUUUGAUCACCAUAAAGACAAUGAGUUUUUGACAGAGUGGUCCAGAAGGGAAGGAAUUCCUGUGCAGCUUGCUCACGAUGGUUUGAGAGUCCCCAUAAAUUUGUAGUAAGGAAAGGUUGAAGCAUGUGACAAUGUAUACCGCAAAGUGUUGAUCUUAAUUAGAUUGGAUUGUAGCAUUAAUGUUUUUUACAGAAUAUCCUCAAUUUCUACCAAAAAGCCACAUUUUUGCUAGAGGUGGCAUUUCUGGAUAUGACAAGGACAAAUUAUUUUGAUGGGAGUUCUGAUUCUUCUAAUUAAACUCGUGAAAGCUGUAUUAGAAUAUUUUAUUUAUAAUCGAUUUCUUAUUGCCGGAAAACAAAUUGUCUAUCAA